AAUAAUUUCCUUGACACAGUUUCAAUGCAACUAGCUCAUCUUGUGUUUACUUUGACGCUCAAGAGGGCAUUCAAUGGGCAGAGAGCGUGAACAGAGAAGAGGAGACGGACAAAAGCUCCUCUGAAAACGGGAAUACGAUUAGAGACGGAUUUAUUUCGAAGUUUUUCCGUGGCUAAAUCGUCACAAGCAGACGACGUAUACACGGUAGCAAACAUUUUUUUGAAUAACUUCGGCCUGGCAAAUGUGCGCCGUACUUCAAGUGAACGGACCCCGAACAGUAAUCAGCCGCUAUGUGGGACUCUACCGAAGAGCAAGGGGAAUUCAUGCCCGACCCUGAGGCGAUCUUGGACGAGGCUAUCGCCGAGACAGGCCGAUGGAUAAAGGAAGUGACAUACCGUGAUUUGACGGAUCCGAAGGACCUUCAGAAGUCGCUUUUGAAUGGAGUACUCCUCUGCGAGUUACUAAUCGCCAUCAAGAGAGGGUGUGUAAAACGGCCAAAUAGAUUUUCAAACCAGGAAAAUCUGAAAGAGUUUUUCAGGGGAUGUAAAGAGGAACUUGGUCUAGACCCUUCCAAAGAACAGAUCUUCAGCGUAGACGAUCUCACAAGCUUAUCAAGAAGACUAAGCUGGGUUCCGUCGGCAACAUCAGCUCCAAAAACAGACAGGGAAAAGCUUAAAAGUAUUGUCACCACCAUCUACUGGAUAUCUGAAGCUGCCGUUCAGCUCCCGUCUUACUCAGGCCCCAAGCUUGACACGUACGCCUUUGAAUCAGUCAUAUUUGGAAUAUAUUCCCCAAGAUCCCCAAGAGAAGAACCUAAGCCUGACGUCAAGGAUCGGAAAGGGAGCGAAACAGACAGCGUCUUUGAAGACAAUACAAACAGCUUCCUCGAUCUUCCCGAGAAGAUCGAAUACAAGGAGCCAGCGUGGAAGACGGCGCUCAAGGCUGCAGAGUCUGAAGCUCCUGUGAAACCAUCGCACGGUUUAGACACAGAGUCGGUCCCGACCAAAAGCCAGGAGAAUCCAGGAGACGAGCCGGUUGCCGCCAACGGAGAAAGGACACUGUCCUCUGAUGACGCCGGUCAGGUGGUGUUGAGGCAGCCCAGUGCAGUUCGAUUACGCAGGAUGGAGCGCAAGCUGGGAAAGAAAUCGGGGCCGCCUACUUCGGCCAAGCCCCACUCCCGUAGCCUCAGUUUGCCAGAGGCGACCGAUGUACUGAUCAUGAGGCAAAAUGCCUUGGACUCUAAUCAUAACAGUGCAACCUAUGAGGAUUUAGAUGAUGAAGAUGAGGAAGAUUCCAACAUGUGGAGAUCGAGCUUCAAGUCGUGGAAGAUGAAGCGGAAUGAGGUGGCGUCCAAUGUCCUGGAGCGCAAAGCCUUCAGGGAAGAAGUAGACACCUUGGAGCAGAACAAAGACAAGAAGAAACCCAAGACGUUCAGAGAAAUCGUGGAAGAAAAAAAACGGAGAGAGAAUCUUCUCGUCAAGAAGUCGUUGAAGAAGGAGCUGGAGAAGGAUGAGAUCAACGCCAUCCUCACGUCGGUAGAUCUGGUGGAUUCGGAUUCAGAGGAAGAAGAGGAGGAGGAGACUCGACAGGAGCAGCACUCUCAACUGGAGCCAGUCCAGGAGCCCUACCAACAGGACCAACGGGCCAGCACCCUCCCAAUGAGGGGUAGGAGAGUGUCCCCCGCCACCACGGCGCCCCAUAAACCCUUCCCCAUCACAGCUUCCAGUACUGCACCCACCAGCUCAAAGCCUCCCCCUUCUGUUGCCCCCAAGCCCAAGUAUCGGCCCAGCGCGGGAGCCUUCCAGCCGUACCGACGCAGCCAGUCUUUGAGAGAUGGAGUUGAUUACGCCGAUGGCGGAGACCACCACCACACCCAUACAACAUCCCCGUCUCCCACGGCAACCACCCCCUCGGAGGAAUCCUACCCCAGCAGCUCCUUCCACGAGAAGAUGCUCCGGGACAGGGAGCGGGAGAAGGAACGGGCGGAGGCUUACAAGAAGAGCCAGGAGCACGCGAGGAAACCCAAACCCAAGCGGAUGAGCAUGGGCAUCAUGGGGAGGAUCGCGGCUUUCAACAGCGGAGAUGCGUUCAAGAAGAAGGAGGAAGAAGAAGAGGCGUCGUCGACUGCAUCAUCUGCUCGGCCAGCCGAACCAGCCCAGUCACAACAGGAGACUAGAAGCUACGUAGAGCACGACAUCACCAUGCAGAGAAGACCAAGGGCCCAGGGUGGGUUUGGAUUCACAGUGACAGGUGGCAUCGACAAGAAGAAACCCAUCGUCGUCAAGGGCAUCGAUCCAGGGAGCACAGCUGGUUCGAGUGCGCUGAAGAUUGGCGAUGAGAUCACUGUUAUUAACAAUGAAAGAACGAAAACGUUUGAUCAGGAUGACAUACAGUACAGCAUCAGCCAGGCCGUGCUGUCCGGCCACCUCAUUCUCAAAGUCAGGAGAUAUGACGAUGAUUCCAAUCAACUCAGAUCAGUAUCCUCCUCAUCAUCAGCAUCAUCAUCCUACCAAGACUCUUCAGAGAGAAGAUUGGAAGAAGAGAGAAGGAGAAGGGAAGAGGACGAGAGGGAGGAGGAGCAAAGAAGGGAAGAGCAGAGAAGAAUUGAGGGAGAGAGGAGGGAGGAAGAGCGACGAAGAGUAGAGGAGAGACGAAGGGAAGAAGAAGAGCGGCGAAGAGAAGAUGAGAGGCAAAGGGAAGAGGAGCGAAGAAGGGAAGAGGAGAGGAGGAAAGAAGAAGAAGAGAGAUGGAGGGAAGAGCAGAGGAUGCAGGAAGAAGAGGAGAUGGAGCGACAAAGGGAAGAAGCAAGAAGAAGGCGAGAAGAGGAGGAGGAGGAGGAGAGGGCCCCUGCCUCAUCCUCAAGGAACGCUCUUUCAAAAGCCAGACAACUUCUUGAUGAUCACGAAGAGGAAACCAGUUCCGAAGAGACCCCACGCCACGAGAGGGAAAGGAUGUAUAUGAACGGGAACUCCCAGGAUAAGCCUGCUGUGGAUACCUUAGAUGGGUUUUCCCCUUCCCAAUCUCCACCCCACCACCGACCCCACCCAUCUCCUCCAGCCUCCCCUGUCCCAUCCCUGCCCCUCUCAGACACCAUCCCCUCUGAUGGGUCUGCACCCAGUACCAGCAGCCCUUUCCCUGAUGCCUCAGUGCAUCGCCAUGGCGAUUAUGGUGGUGGCGAUGAUGAUGGGGAGGGGGAGGACGAUGGUGCGGAGGGGUUGGAGAAGGCCUAUGAGAAAGUUUUAAGGACUAGAGAUGAGCUUAAUGAUACCUUUGGCACGGAAGAUUCUUUCUUUGCCUCAGAGGGUACGAGGGAUGAUGAUGUCUCCUCGCAAGAUGAGAGAUUGGAAGAGGCGAUCAUGAGCAAGCUUGAGCAGGAGGAGAAGGAAGAAGACGAGAGAGAAGAGGUCCACCGACAGAUCGAGGAGGAUGAGAGGAAUAAGUCCCCCAUCAAAGAGUUCUCCAUCACAGCGGAGGUACAGAAGACGGAAGAAUCUGCCCCGCCCAGGAGCGGUUUCUCGAUAAAGUCCACUGGAUUCAGGAGGGUCCAGGCACCCAGACCCUCUGCUGCUAGCAAGAGCAAAGGCCCGGAACCAUUCAGGCCCCAGCCGGCCCCCUCAUUGACGACGACGACGCCGCAUGAGGACAACGUCCGAGAGCGGGUCAAGAAGGAGCGCUCCGACUUCUUCCGUAAGAGCGCCGAACCAGAGGACACGCCCGUCUUUGGUUAUUCAGCUGCUGAGGACUUAAAGAUGGAUGACAACAUGGAAAAUCUCUGGAGGAAGGUGGAGCAACCCAACCAGGAGACUGCUCCUUCGCAAGGGACUUCGGAGAGCAUGGGAGGGGUGCAGAGGAGACAGAAAAAGAGUGACGUGGAUCCAGCCAACAGGAGAAGCUUCAACUUGGAUGAAGAGCGGCAGCGGCUGGAGAAGUGGCAGAAGGAGCAAGAGAGGAUCAGGCAGGAGCAGUACGAACAGGAGCAGAGGAGACUCCAGGAUGAGCAGGAGAAGGAUCUGCAGAGGGCGGAGUAUGAGAGCAGGAGGAAGCAGGACAUGGAGCAACGUGCCCUGCAGGAGAGGCGGAGAAUGCUGCAGAAGAAAGCCCAGCAGGAUCUGAAGAAGAGGGAGGAGGAGAUGCUAGAGAGGGAACGCAAGGAGCGGGAGAGGAGGAGACUGGAGCAGCUGGAGAGGGAAGAGGAGGAGGAGAGGAGAAGAAGGGAAGAGGAGAGGUUACAGGAGGAACGAGAGGAGAGGGAACGGGUAGAGAGAGAAGAAAGGGAGAGAGAAGAGGCUGCUAGGAGACAGGAGGAGGAGCUGGCUCUUGUCCAAAGGUGGAAGGAAAAAGAGAAGAGGGCCAAGGAAAUGGAAAAGCAGCGGAUAAGGGAAGAUCGGGAAGCUAGGGAGAGGAAAGCAAGGGAAAAGAUAGAAAAGGAAAGGGAAGAAUAUGAUCGAUUACUGAAAGAGAGGGAAGAGGAGAGAGAGUGCCUUGCGAGGGAACAGGAGGAACGACAACGUGUUGCGAUGGAGCGGGAAGAAAGGCAACGUGAGGCCCGUGUAGAGGAGGAGAAACGUGCCGCGAAGGAGCGCGAAGAGAGAAAACGGGUUGCCAAAGAAAGAGAAGCAAGAUUACAAGCUGCUGUUCAACAAGAAGAGAAAGCUAGAGCCAAGAGACCAUUUGCUGAUGAAGCCAUCAGGCCACAGGUCCAACAGCAUCAAGAAUCAGCCCCACCUCCGUCACGUCAACACCAUCAACCGGACGAGGAUCUCCUCCAAAGGAUCCGGGAGGAAGAGAGGGACCGCAUCCGACUUGAAGAGCGGGACAGGCUGCGCAUUGAGUGGGAGCAGCUUGAACAGGAGAAGCAGGAGCAACUGGAGAAGCAACGGAAGGAACGAGAGGAGAUUGAAAAGCUGAGGCGAGAGCAAGCCGAGCUCCAGAGGGAGCGAGAAAGGCUUGCGCUUGAACAGCAGGAGGAGCUUGAACGCUUGACCAAGCAGCGAGAACUCUACUCUAAAUCCAUGAACAAUGUCUUUGAUGAUGAAGACGUAGAGAGGAAAAAUAGCUACAAUCGGAGGAAACAGCAUGGCGGUUCUGAAGAAGACCUCAGGAAACCGCACUCGUCGAAACCCUUAGGAAAAGAAAUCAUGAAAGGAAAGAUGCUACCAGAGAGAGACUCCCAACCAGGAAAGUCAUACAUGGGGAAAUACAAAGAUGACAACCUCCCCACAGAGCAGCACUGGCUGGUCGAGGAGGCCAAGAGGCGACAGCACGGCCCCCUGGUGGCUGGCAAGGUCAUCAACUCCCUCCCCAUCCACCCCAGGACGGACAGUCUGGACCAUGAACCGGUCCUGGAGAAGAAGGUCUACAACCAGGAACAUGCAGCACCCCCACCGUCGUCUAGCAGUAAUCAUAACAACGCCAAUAUCCAUGAGAAGGACUACGUGAAAAAUGAACCUGUUGGCUAUGAGCAGGAGAUCCCCACCCGCAUCCCACCCCCAAACAGAGUGCAGUCUGUGCAGGGCUCUGCUCCUCGGACCAAACAACCAACUCACCCCCACGACGAGCCUUCCCCAUCGUCCUCCGACAACACCAACCGAUGGGACGGACCUCGCCACCAGUACGACAACCAACCAGAGUUCAAGCACGUGCAGCGACGCAUGCACGGGGCUCCUGCGUUGGACGCCGAACGCAAGCAGAAGAUGCACAACCGUCGCUCGAUGCCCGACCUGACCAAAGACCCGGGGUUCGCCGCGCCUGUGACACGCAUCAUGGAUGACCAGCACAUCCCUCGUGGACCCGGAGGGGGCGGGCCAGCUCCGAGGGGCGUGGGCCCACCCUCGCCCCACCAUGGGCAGCAGAGGGGACCUCCUCCACCCCAUCAUGGGGGACCAGGAGGGGACCAGAGAAGGCAAGGACCUGCAUCUGAUAGCCUGAUCCAGCCUCACGAUCAUCGAAGAGCGGGUCCCAAGAGCCCGCCCGCUCAGGUAAGGGCCAAUCGGGGCCCUCCCUCUUCCUCUUCCUCGCCCCAAGGGCGUGGCCCACCUAGACAGCAGCAACAGCCACACCCGCAGCGACCGCCACAGCAACAUGCCCCAGGGAGGGGUCCUCCGGGUCAAAGGGCGUCAGCCUUCCAACAGCCCAGUAAGAAACCCCCUCCCGGCCGGUCCGUCAGCGGCAAAGUCUCGUGCUCCAAUUGUAGCAAGUCGCUGGGGAGGGGCGCCGCCAUGAUCAUAGAGUCUGUGGGUCUUCACUUUCACCUAGAGUGCUUUAGGUGCUGUGUCUGUAACAUCCAGCUCGGAAAUGGAACUAAGGGCACUGAUGUCCGGAUCCGAGCCAGCAAGCUACACUGCCAAAACUGCUACAGCAAUGAUGCUGGAUUCGAGUUCACCGAAGUAUGACAGUGACUUGUUGUGAUACAAUCAUCCCUAUCAGCAAGAUUUAGAAAGUUUGAGAGAGAAAUAGAGAGUGAGAGUGAGAGAGAGAGAGAGAGAGAGAGAGAGAGAGAAUGAAAGCAAGAGAAAUAAUGAGUGAGAAAGCAGAUAGAGCUGUACAGAUAUAAGAAAGAAGAAGAAUAGCGGGAUAUAUCUUAGUUGUCAUUUGUUAACUGUACAGAAAUGGAACAUUCAUCAUUCGUUGCUCUCUUAGCUGAUUAUAAACAAGAGGAAGACUUGUAAGAAAAGAGAAGGGUAGCUGGAUUUAUCUAACUGAGCUUGUCACAUUUAAGUGUACAAAAAGGAAUCAUUCAUAAUUUUUUGUUAGCCUGUAUUAGCUUCUCCACAUACUUUGUUACUCUUAAUGCUGGGCCCACAUCCCUCAACAUAGGCUGAUGAAAAAUGUGUCAGUAUGAAAAUGUUUCUUUUAAUCAUCAUUAUCAUCAUUAACCUUUGGAAGAAUGUGAUUUUGGAAAGGAAGAAUCGCAUUAGGAGUCAGAUGGUAAUUUGCAAUAAGAUUAAUGAUAUUUCCCAGUGUGGUUUAAAACCAUAAUAAUGGAAAGAAAAUAACUGAACUUGCUAUUGUCUUCCUGCCUCUAAAACCUGCCAUUCGGUAUAAAAAUACUAUCUGGAACAUGAACAUAGUAAUACUUUAUUGUCAUUUUGAGCUCUUACCUUGACAAAAUCCAAACCAUUUGCAAAAGAGUGGCACUUUUACAUUUUAAUGUUUUAUCAAAUAGGAAUUUCUCUGGCUUGGUCCUUGCAGUAAAGUAAAGUAAGCUAAGUCCCUGUUAUUAUGCAUUUUGAGUGGCUGCAUUUUAAAAGUAAAUGUAAGAUGUCUUCUUUCAUAAUGUGACUGAAAUUUUGUGUGUACGAUUUGAACGUGAAGUCAAAUUUUGUAUUCAGUGAAUUAUUCAGAGAGAAAGAAGAGAGAGAGAGAGAAAAGUUGCUUUGAAAUGCUUCUAAAGAAAAAAUAAUACUGCUUUUGAAAUUUGCCUUGAGCUUAUACAUGUAUAAUCAACUGUUUGAAAUAUUUGUAUCGUAUUCAGAAUUACACAAUCAUAGGUAUUCAAAUCUUUUUACUACAGGAAUUAGGAUUUUUAAAAUCAAAUUCGCCACAUUGAAUUUCUUUUUAAUCACCAUGCCAUCACUGAAAUUUCCAAAAGUAUCAUAAUUGUAACUAUUUGUGAAAAGAAAAGUGAUUUUGACAAAUCAAAUAUUCAGUAAAUCUUCACUGCCUGCAGGAAGAAUUUUAAUCAAUUUUUUACCUUUGAAUUUUGUAGCAUUUGUACUUAGAUUUUAUAGAUGUAAAGCUGGUGUUUUUAAAAAACUUUUUAAUGUAUAUUCAUCAAAAGUAUAUAACUAUAUCAUUAUCCUGUACUGUUCUUUUUGCAAUUGGUUCAGGGAAUUAGUUGAUACCAAAAAAUAAACAUGGCACGGUGUAAUAUGGAAAAUAAUGAAUUAUGUACUGCAUUUAUUGUAUACAGCUCUAUAAAAUUUCAGUUAGUUUUGUUUUUAAUAUUAAAGGCUUUUCAUUUGUUAAAUAUUUCAAGGAAAUACAUGUAAAAAGUAGCCAUGCUGAUAACCAAACUGUACCUUUCUUCUCCAGACAUAUAUAGUUGGAUUUUAAUUGCAAAGAUAAACAAAGGGACAUGAAAGUAGCUUAUGAAAAUAAUAUUUUUUAGUCUAUUUGCAAUUAAUGGUUGCAAAUGCAUGUAUUUUAGUGUGUGAUAUGUUCUUUAAAUUUUCAUUAUCAUACUGUAUGUAAAAUUGAGGUCUUGUUUUUACAGAUGUUUUAUUCCUCUUUAUACAUUGCACAUGUGUGAACAAACAUGUCAUCAGACAUUUCAUGUUUGUUUGAUGAAAUCUUUUCCUUGUAUUUUUAUUGGAUUGAUAUGUUUUUAUAUAUAGCAGUCUUUUUCUGCUCUGAUUUUUAAUUUGAAAGCGCUGAUUUGUAAAUAUUGUUCCAGUAAGCGUAUUUUUCGUAUUGAAUUACAGAGACAUAAUGAAGGAAUUAGUCAUUUGUUUGUAUAGUCUUCCCUUACGAGGUUCCAAAGUUUUCAGGAAAUUAUAAAAAUUGAUUGAAUUCGUUACAUCUCACCGAUUAUGAUUUUACAGAUAAGGGUAUUGAAACAAUGCUCGAGUCUCUGUGUGUAAAAUGUGAUGGAUUGUAGUCUUGUUUCAGACAUACACCAAGAAUAAAUUGAUUGCAGAUUAUCAUAGACAAUUAUUAAUUUUCAUCAAAAAACAAUACCAACAACAGCAGCAACAAACCCGAUCUAGUAUUUACAUGUUUUGUUUAUACUCUCAUUUUUAAAGAGACCAAUACAUCGUAUCUAGUCUGGUUAUUUAGAAAUAAUAUAUUGUUUAAAUAAGUUUGAUAAUUAUGUUGGCUGAAAGAACUGAAGAGAUUUAUAUGUUAGUGUGUAGGAGAACUCUGAUAUACACCGUUGGUUUAUAAAUGUGUAUUCAACGAUAUCAUUCAAGAAAAAGGAAAGAACAAAAAACCUCAUUAACCAUAGAAAAGCUCAAACACACUCAUAAUCGUCUGGGUAGAUUUUUGAAAAUUUUGCUAAAAUCUGCCAUUGUACCUUCCAGCUACCACUGUCAUAGAGCACAUUUUAUAUGGUUUGGUAUCAAUUAUUUGGAACUUGCAUGGUACUCCUUCCUCUAGUAUAGCACACAAGUAUUCACUAUCAAAAUGCCUCUUACUCCAUCCAAUUUUUUAAUCUUCUCUUCUUCACAAGUCCUCCCGACUGUGUAACAUUUGUGAAAAGUCGAUGGAAAGAAAGUGCCUUUGUUUAUACUCGGUCUACAUAAUGCGGUAAUACUUACAAUUUUACUAUCAUGUUUUGUAGUGUAUUUUAGUCCCAAGUAUUCGCAGACAAUGACAUGUGUGUAUAAAUAUUGAUAAGAUGCGACUUGCAGUCCUUUUACAUCCUAUGAAAGGGACAACACGAUGUCUUUUGGUAUUUAUUAUGUUUAUUAAUCACCAUACCUGUGUAAAAAGAGAUUUGAAUUAUAUGGGUGCACCUUUUGUAUAGAUAAAAAGCUUUUCUAUUAAAAAAGAAAACUAAAGAUAGAAGAAAGAGUAUCUUACAUGCAUUUUUUCAAAUUGUAAUAAAAAUCAAAUGAUGAUCGGUGAGAAGGGAAA